CCCCCCUAUAAAUAUAUCGUCCAAUAUAUCUUUCUGCAUUACAAAACUUUAGACUGCCUAAGCAAAUUAGUUUUAUUCUACAUAAUACAGGCAAAUUACGAAGUGUUCAAGCGUCCCACUACAAGCAAACCAAACCAUAAGCAUGGAAGAAUCACCUGAUCCUCCAUUUGUGGAGACAUACAAAAGUCUUUUUGAUAUUAUUCUCGAUUCAAACAAACACAAUGACCUCUUCAUGGUGGAAGAAUGCGAGUUGCCUUUGAUAAAUCUUCAUCAAUUAAAAUACGGAGACAAAUUCGAGAGGGAACAGUGCAAGAAGAAGAUAGCUAAGGCAUCGCGAGAAUGGGGUUUUUUCCAAGUGAUGAAUCACGGAGUUUCAUCGGAUAUUUUGGACAAAAUGAGGAUGGAGCAAGUCAAGCUUUUCAAGAAAACAUUCAAUGAGAAGACGAACAUUGAAGAGAGUCUCAAUUUCUCCGAAGGAAGUUACCGUUGGGGAACGCCAACGGCUACUUGCCUUCGGCAGAUUUCUUGGUCGGAGGCAUUUCAUGUACCUCUCUCUGAUGUUUCAUGUUCAAAGGGUUUCACCAGCCUGAGCUCCACCAUGGAACAAUUUGCAAUAACACUAUCAGAAUUAGCACAACAAUUAGCAAGAUUAUUAGCAGAGGAAUUGGGACGUUAUAAUAAGUUGGAUUAUUUUAAAGAAACAUGUUUGCCAAGUACUUGUUACCUAAGAAUGAAUAGAUAUCCAGCAUGCCCUAUUUCUCCACAACUCUUUGGAUUAAUGCCACACACUGAUAGUGACUUCCUCACAAUAUUGCAUCAAGAUGAAAUUGGAGGGUUGCAAUUAUAUAGAGAUGGAAAAUGGAUCUCUGUUAAGCCUAAUCCUGAAGCACUUAUCAUCAAUAUAGGAGAUUUAUUCCAGGCAUGGAGCAAUGGUGUUUAUAGAAGUGUUGAACAUAGAGUUGUGACAAAUAAAUUUAAAGAGAGAUUUUCAACUGCAUUUUUCUUGUGUCCCUCUUAUGAUACAGAAAUACUUAGUUGUGUUGAACCUCGUGUUUAUAGAAAAUUUACAUUUAGAGAAUUCAGACAACAAGUCCAAGAGGAUGUCAAGAAUUUUGGUUAUAAAGUAGGUCUUCCUAGGUUUCUUGUAUCAACCCACUAAACACACACACAAAAAAAAAUAUUGCACUUAAAUUACGGGAGAUUUGGUUUUGUAGCCCUUUAUAAAUUUAUUUUUAUUUUUAUGUCUUUUUUAUGAGAGAUUUUAAGUUUGACACAUAAGAGAUCCAAAAAUGUCAUU